AUGCAACAACUCGACUCGACAAAAUGGUCUGACAUGCCAUCGCUUAAGGGAACAACCGACCAGCAUGAAUCUUUUCAUCGACAGUCUCGUGCUGCCGAGACAGAUGAAAACCAUAGACUAGAUCAUGUCCUCUCGUUGCUGUAUCCUUCCACAGUCCGUGUGCAACACUCGCAUCCAAUUUUCGGUCACAUUCACUCGCUCCGGCUUCUGAUGCUGUCAAAUGGAGCUCAUUUGUUGCUAAAGGGAUCUCCAUCGUCAAGGACCGCCCUCCUUCGACGUGAGCGGUCGUUCCUCGAAACCGAAGCCCAGUUUCUUGCUCUUCUAGGGCAGAGUGCAAACCCUUGUAUCCCCCAGCUCUAUCAUUACGAUCCUCAUGGAAGUCUCUGGGGAUCUGCCUACUUGAUCCGGCAGUAUAUUAAAGGGAAGAGUCUGUCAGAGGUGGAAGACGAGCUCACUUCGGAGCAACGAGACGGUAUUGAUCGCCACUUGGGCUUCUUGGUGAGCACCAUCGGUCAAAAUGCAGCCCCGGGGUUUGGGUCUUUGCAGCAAGUGGCAUUUGGCGCUGGAAGACCUUCCUGGCGAGAUGCCUUCUGUGCCCUGUUUGAAAGUGUUCUUCGCGACGCCGAGGACAUGUUCAUCCACCUUCCCUACUCGGAGAUCCGACACGAGCUGAGUCGUCUGGCACCUGCCCUUGAAGAUGUAUCGCUGCCACGUCUUGUGGUCGUGGACUUUGGUCGGCCCUCCCAUGUUUUGGUUAACGAAGAGUCCGGACAGCUGUCUGGCAUCGUUGACUUCAGCAGUGCCUUGUGGGGUGAUGUGUUGAUGGCAGAGAUCUUCGCGAAUGCAUCCCCGGCGUUUUUGCAGGGAGCAGGGAUGGCGGCGGCCAGGACAAGGGAGGAGAACAUCCGUUUGGUCUUGUAUGCCUGCUACCGGCUGGUGUCCCAAAUCACUGUGCAAUAUUACCGAAACCGAGAUGAGACGAGCGAAUUUGACGCACGGAGAAGAUUGAUAACCACUAUUGCGGAGAUGACAAGGCUUAAACUGGAAUAA